AUGUCUUUCGAUGAUGCCUCCCGACGGAAGUUGACUCGAAGUAUUCUUUUCAAGCUGGACACGAGGAUUCUUCCCGUUUUGGCUCUUCUUUUUCUAUGUUCAUUCCUUGACAGGACAAACGUGGGAAACGCAAAGAUCCUCGGUCUCCAAGCUGAUCUGAACAUCACUGGCCAUCAGUAUGACAUAGGCCUUACGGUCUUCUAUCUCACAUAUAUCUGCAGCGAGCUUCCGAGCAAUCUGAUAAUCAAGAAGGCGUCACCGAAGAUCUGGCUACCUACUCUCACAAUGGUCUGGGGAAUUAUCACCAUGUGCCUGGGCUUUGUGCGUAAUUUUGCUGGCUUCGUUGCUGUUCGUGCCAUACUCGGUAUAGCAGAGGGAGGACUGUUGCCUGGCAUGGUACUCUACCUGUCUUUCUUCUAUAAACGUUCGGACUUGGCCCUUCGCAUCGGCCUAUUCUACACGGCGGCAUCAUUAUCGGGGCUUUUGGAGAGUGGACUUUUAGCUCGCGGAUUGGCAGCGAUUGGACCACGAGGUGGUCUUGAAGGAUGGCGUUGGAUCAUGAUCAUUGAGGGUCUUUUGACUUUCGCAUGCGGCGCUCUCAGUUACCUCUGUCUUCCCAACAAUAUAGAAACGGCAACUUUCCUGACCGCCGAAGAACGACAGUUCGCCUGUGAGAGAAUGCGACUGGAUAAUCCAUCUAUGCCGGAAGGAACUAUUGAGGCUGAACAUGAGGCCUUCAGGUGGUCCGAGGUUGUCCGAGGUGUACUGGACUUGAAAAUGUGGCUGUCAGCAACAGCGUACUUUGCUAUCUUGUCUGGGUUAUACUCUUUUGGUCUUUUUCUACCUACCAUCAUCAAGGAAAGCGGCUUUGCGGACGAUGCGAACAAAGUGCAGCUUUGGACUGUUAUUCCGUACGCUGUCGCAGCUAUAAUCACAGUCGUUGUGGCCGUCAUCUCAGACCGGCUGCAGGUCCGUGGUAUUAUUAUGCUAUUUAUCCUGCCGAUUGCGAUUGCUGGUUACGGAGCAAUUGCCAACAUCGAGUCCGCCAAAGUCAAGUAUGGGAUGACCUUCCUCAUGGCCACGGGCAUGUACAGCAGCGUCCCAUGUAUACUGGUUUGGAAUUCCAACAACUCCGCUGGGCAUUACAAACGGGCCACUACGUCGGCAAUGCAGUUGGCAAUUGCAAACUGUGGAGGGUUUGUCGCUACAUUCAACUACCCUGACAAGGAUAAGCCAGAUUACCAUCGAGGCCACACAAUAGUUCUCGGCCUGCUUAUAUUCGCAUGGGUUAUGAUCCUAUUGAAUGUCUUAUACUGCGCUAAAAUCAAUAGAGACAAGGCGCAGGGCAAAUAUGCACAGUAUACAGGAUGUAACGAUGAUAGGGAUCCACAAUUCAAGAUGGUUCUGUGA